GGCCGCGCCCCCCGACCCUGCAGCGCUUCUGCCCCUACAAGGUUUGGGCUGCGGUGGGGGAGGGUCCUGGCCCCCGGCUCCGCCCGGUCCCUCCGCGCCUUUUAGGCGCCCGCGCGGCUGGGACAUCCCAGUCCCGGUUGGUCCUCCUCGCCUGCCACCCGUGCAACCACUUCGCGCAGCCAGCCCAGUCAGCCCGGUCCACCCCACAGCCCGCCGGCCGGCCGGUCUCCCACCGCAACCAUGGACGCCAUCAAGAAGAAGAUGCAGAUGCUAAAGCUGGACAAGGAGAAUGCCAUCGACCGCGCUGAGCAGGCUGAGGCCGACAAAAAGCAAGCUGAGGACCGCUGCAAGCAGCUGGAGGAGGAGCAGCAGGCCCUCCAGAAGAAGCUGAAAGGGACGGAGGACGAGGUGGAAAAGUAUUCCGAAUCAGUGAAGGAUGCCCAGGAGAAACUGGAGCAGGCUGAGAAGAAAGCCACCGAUGCCGAGGCAGACGUGGCCUCCCUGAACCGCCGCAUUCAGCUGGUAGAGGAGGAGUUGGACCGGGCGCAGGAGCGCCUGGCUACAGCCCUGCAAAAGCUGGAGGAGGCUGAGAAGGCUGCUGAUGAGAGCGAGAGAGGAAUGAAGGUCAUCGAAAACCGAGCUAUGAAGGAUGAGGAAAAGAUGGAGCUGCAGGAGAUGCAGCUGAAGGAGGCCAAGCACAUCGCUGAGGAUUCAGACCGCAAAUAUGAGGAGGUGGCCAGGAAGCUAGUGAUCCUGGAAGGAGAGCUGGAGCGCUCAGAAGAGAGAGCUGAGGUGGCUGAGAGCCGAGCCAGGCAGCUGGAGGAGGAACUGCGAACCAUGGACCAGGCCCUCAAGUCCCUGACGGCCUCAGAGGAGGAGUAUUCCACCAAAGAAGAUAAAUAUGAAGAGGAGAUCAAACUGCUGGAGGAGAAGCUAAAGGAGGCUGAGACCCGAGCAGAGUUUGCCGAAAGGUCGGUGGCAAAGUUGGAGAAAACCAUUGAUGACCUGGAAGACGAAGUCUAUGCACAGAAGAUGAAGUACAAGGCCAUCAGCGAGGAGCUGGACAACGCACUCAAUGACAUCACCUCCCUCUGAGCCUCUCACCAGUGUGGCCCGCGGCCCCUUCUCUCUUCUCCUUUCCAUUCUCUGUAUGGGGAGGGGGGCAAGCAGGAGGAGCGGAAAUUGCCAACAUUGCACAGCCAGGCUGGACGCAGCCUAGGAGAGCCCCCGUCACAGCUGCUGCCCACCCUGGCAUUUGCUUCAUCCUUCUAUAUCCAUCCACUCCUCCCUCUACCCGCCAGCCUCUCCCGCUCUCUGCUGCUCAAUAAACUCAACUUGGUCUCCACGCUGUUUUCCUGCCCUCCAGAGAGCACUUCCAUCACCCCCACAGAGCACUGGUUCACUGCUGAGACCCUGGCUCCUACGGGCACCCCUGAUCUUGUGACCCCCCCUCCUCUACUGAUCUCACCCACAAAACACUGUGGCCCACACCGGAACCCCCUCUGCAUGACUCUUACUGCUGCAUGUGGGCACGUAUGACCACGUCAGUCAACCACGGGCCCUCUGGUGCCUCUGAGACACACGCCCUUCUACAGACCCAGGCAUGUCACUGCCCUUGGAGCAUUCAAGCUGUGAUUCCAGGAUCUAAAAGAAUGACUGGAAGGGAAGUGGAAUGGUGAGGUGCAGGGGAGGGGCGAGAAGGUUGUGAAUGGUCUGGGAUGAAGUUUGGAGAGACACUGGAUGGCAGCACCAUGGGGCUUUCCCUGCAGGUCUGUUUUCUGCCUCAAGUCUGUCUGUCUGUCUGUCUGACACUCCCUUUCCUGGCUCAGUCUUUGUCUUUCCUCCUGCUUCCAACUCUCUUCAACCUUUUAAAGAAGGAGGGUAAAUUAGUUUAUGACUCAGGCCUUCCCAUCCCACCUCCACGGCCCCAAAGCCUUGAGUGAGGCAUCCCUGUCUGCCUUGUUCAGUCCAUCCAUUUGUCCCACCCACAGGGUCCUCAGAUCCCUGAAUGUUUGGGUCUUCCUGUGCCUCCAGCCCACUCCGUGUCUAUUUGUCACAUCCCCUGUCCAUGCCUCCCCAUGUUUCUCCCCCACAAACCUCACGGGUUGCUUCCCCUCACAGAGACCUUGGCCAGUGCCAAGGAGGAGAACGUGGAGAUCCACCAGACCCUCGACCAGACCCUGCUGGAGCUCAACAACCUGUGAGGGCUGGCCCUGCCCCCAGCCAGGCUGUAGUUGCCACCAAAUAAAACUGAUGUUACCAGUA